AUGACGGCUAUAUCUCCAUGGAACGUUACCUUAGAGGACUUUACAUGUUCUUCAACACAAAUCAAGCUUACUGCUAUAUCUUCAGAGCAAAGGAAUCUUCCAUCGAUGGUAAAGCUUAUAAUCAACGGCACUACUUUUGAUUUCGCGUUCGAGGAGCAAACGAAGACUAUAGAGACAGUAGACGCCACCAGCGAUACUCUUAUUCAAGCCGAGCAAAGUUUACAGUUUGAUCCUCCUAUCACACUUCCAGAUGGAUUUUAUCCUGUUUCGAUUUCCUUUCAGUUAACAGAUGAAAUCGAGUUUUCGUACGUAAGCGAUCUAGAGCCUAUCAAUCUUAUAGGCUGUGUCGCCACUAAUUCUGAGGAUAGCAAUAUAACUGAAGUUAUUGCCUCAACAUGGGCCACAAGUUCUGAAAUUCAAACUCAGUAUCUACCAAGUCCUACUUCAACUCAGUUAGAUUCAGUCACGACAGAUUGGGUGAUUAAACCUUUCGUAACGUCAAGUGAUGAUUCUCUUCAAGCUAUACCAACUUUAGCUCUAGGUGAGAGUACUGACAAUAAUGAUGAUACUUCAGAUAAUACGCGAACGCAAGACGAGUCACAUAUUGCAUAUACGAAAAGUAUUAAAUCGGCUGUACCUGCUGCUAUCUUAUUUUCCUUACUAGGCCUUAUCAUAUUCUUUAUGAUUCGCCGUUACCGUAAAUUAAGGAUGAAGAAAGAAAGAUCAUCUUUCUACGUAUAUGAUAAUGAGUUUAAUACCUCUGAAGAAGGUCGUUGUUAG